AUGGACAUUCAAAUCACAUUGGGACUAAUCACUUUGUUUUUCACCAAAGCACUGGCACUCGAAUGCUAUGAGUAUUAUGCACCGGUACCUACUGAAUACAAUUACACAUAUCCGUGUCCAUAUCAGUGUGGUAGCGUCACUGCCAGCCUAAGCACAAAUGGUAUACAGAUAGACUAUAGUAUACAUACUUGUAUACCACCCACACUGUGUAUCAGUGGCAGGGUGAACGCUGGGCUUUUGAAAUUGACCGCUAAUUCCAAAUGCUGCGACACUGAUAGGUGCAACAAGCAAAUGGUCCCAGCUUUACCAAACCAGCCUCCUAAUGGGAAGAAGUGUUGCAAUACCAGAGACUGCUCAGAUACUGUGAACUGUGAAGGAGAUGAAGACCACUGCUUUAGCGCAACAGUGGUUAUGUACAGCGUUAAUUUAACCAUGAGUGGAUGUGCAACCAAGAGUAUGUGUGAAGGCCUUUCAACAUUCAUGCAUACAGUAAAUGCAAUGACGGAUGUGAAGUGCUGUGAGGGGGAUCUGUGUAACAGUACUGGCAGCUUACACUGAGUCUCUUCGUCUUUCUGGGGCAUCUGCUCUCCUCCACCUUUCUCAGCUCAGCUUUGUGGUAACCUCCAUUCAGGAAAUGGUUUAAACAAUUAUUACCAUGUUUGCUCUAAAUUAUAAAAUCAGUGUGCAUGCAUUCAUACUGCACCUACAGCAAUUCCUAAC